CGUUUGUGUAGACUUCGACACCUGCUGCGAUGUGUUACUACCCAGCCCCCUAUAAAGAGACUGAAGAGACUCUCCCUCCUCAGUGUUUCUUCGCUUUUCCUUAGAUUGAAGGCACCAAGAUGAAGUGGUUGGCACUAUUGGCGGCGGCGGCGGUGGUGGCCCUCGGCGGGGCUCAGGGAGACUCCGACGGCGAGGGGGAGCUGUGGGCAGUGCUGGUCGCUGGUUCCAACACCUGGUUCAACUACCGUCACCAGGCCGAUGUGUGUCACGCGUACCAGAUUCUCCACGCGCACGGCGUCCCCGACGACCAUAUCAUUGUGAUGAUGAGUGAUGACAUCGCUCAUAACAAGAUGAACCCGACGCCCGGCGUGGUCAUCAACCGGCCCGACGGACCCAACGUGUACAAGGGCGUCCCCAAGGACUACACCGGCGAUGAUGUCACUCCUGAGAACUUCCUGAAGGUCCUUAGCGGCGACGCUGAAGGACUCCAGGGCGUCGGCUCCGGAAAGGUCCUCAAGAGCGGCCCCAACGACCGCGUGUUCAUCAACCUGGUGGACCACGGGGCGCCCGGCAUCUUCGCCUUCCCCAGGACCUUCCUCAUGGUAAAGAACUUCACCAACGCCAUCGUCCAGAUGCACCGCCAGAAGAGGUACAAGGAAAUGUUGAUCUACAUGGAGUCAUGCGAAUCCGGCUCCAUGUUCCUGAAUCUCCCCGAUGACAUCGAGAUGUACGCCCUGUCUGCUGCCAACGCCACGCAGUCUUCCUACGCCUGCUACAUGGACCAAAAGCUCGGCACCUUCCUCGGCGACGUGUUCAGCAUCAAGUGGAUGGAGGACACGGACAGGGAAGACGUAAACAAGGAGACGCUGAAGAAGCAGUUCGAGGUCGUGCACAAGGAGACCACGACGUCCGACGUGCUCCAGUGGGGCGAGCUCAGCCUCGACAAGCACACGGUCGGCACCUUCGUCGGCAGCGGCUCGACCGAUCUAGGCGACUACGGUCCCUUCCCUCCUGAGACCGACCCUUGCCUGAAAAGCGCCGUGCCCAGCCCCGACGUUCCCCUGGCCAUUCUGGAAGACCAUGUGGCCCAGUCCGACGGCCUCCUCGGCGCAGACUACUGGAAACGACAGCUCGACGAACUACAGCAGAACCGAACCUUCGUGACUGACACCAUGAGGAAGAUCGCUCAGCUGGUCACGGGAGACGAAGUCCUCGCCGACGCGAUGAUGUCCGACGUCCACCCAAUCGCCGACGACGCCUGCCACGAAGAAUCCGUCAUGGCCUUCCACUACCUCUGCUUCAACCUCGGCACGAACCCGUACGCCCUCCGCGUCGUGCAGACGAUGGUGAACCUGUGCGAGCACGGCUACAGCGCCAAGGAGUUCACAGGCGCCGCUCGAGCAGUGUGCACUCACCCCCCCGUCAGUGGAAUCAACUAAGCCUGCUGAUUCCUUUCCCGUGUCUUUUUUCCGCAGCUGAUAUUAUGUUGCAUAUCUGUUCUUUUGUGGAACUUCGAAAUAUAUAUUUGGUUUUA